UUUACAGAGGAACAGUUGAAAUGAUUUUGAUCUUGCUUUUCGGACUUUUCAUACAGGAUGGAUUAGCUCUACCAUCAGAUCGAAGCUUAAAUGUAGGACGUGAAUCCAGGUACUCUGGAUACAAGGUUCUUGCUGUCAUUCCUAACACAAAAGAGCAGGUUUCCUGGUUAGCGGAAUUUAAAGGGAACCCAUCCCUAAACUGUUCUCUAGACUGGUGGAAUGAACCAAGCCUACCAGCUGUAACAGUAUCCCUAGCUGUAAACCCAAGCUGCCUGGAGGAUGUUAUUCAGGAGUUUAAGAAUGAAGGACUGAGUGCUAGAGUAAGAAUACCAGAUCUUGAGAAGGUGAUCGCACUGGAGAAGAAUUACAGGUUUCUGUCUCAGCUCUAUCGGAAUCCAGAUGACUGGAACGAGGAGGUUUAUCACAACCUGGAGGAGAUAAACAAGAGGGUCGACUCCUUGGUUAAAACGUACUCCGAAGUCCUCACCGCUAAGACGCUUGCUACUACCUACGAGGGGAGGAAGAUUGAAGUUGUGAUUGUUCGUGAGGCCGGACCCGUCAAUAAACCUGUAAUAUGGAUUGAUUGCGGGAUUCAUGCCAGAGAAUGGAUUUCUCCUCCAACAUGUCUUCAUAUUAUAGAUCGUCUAAUAGACUCCGUCAACUCUGUAGAUCCUAAAGAGAAUCUCCUGGCAGUUUAUGAUUUCUACAUCCUACCUGUUGCGAACCCUGAUGGUUAUGCCUACACCUGGAGCACGGACAGAAUGUGGAGGAAGAACCGCAAACCCAACCCAGGAGCAAACAAUCUACAAUCUCCCUUCUUUGGUUGGAACGGGAAUCAAAACCAAAAAUGCGACGGAUCUGAUCCAAACAGAAACUUUCCGAUUCACUUUAACGAAGCCUCCAAUAAUCCUUGCGAUGGUUCGUUCCGCGGAGAAACCCCGUUCUCCGAGGCUGAAGCUCAGGCUGUCAGGAAUGGAGUUCAACAAAUGCUAGAUGUUUAUGGAAAAAAUAAGAUCGCUGCUUUUAUAACAAUUCACGCCAAUUCUCAACUCUGGAUGUCACCUUACGGAUAUACGAAGAUCCAUUCUGUGGACCACGAUGAUCAGAUGAAAGUGAUGAAAAAGUCCGUGGAUGCUCUGGGUAAAGUUUUCGGGACCGAGUACAGAUAUGGACCAAUAUCAGAGGUAAUUUAUCUGGCGUCUGGUUCCAGCGUAGAUUGGGCGUAUGAGGGAGCAGGGAUCAAGUACUCCUAUGCUCUGGAACUCCGGGAUACCGGAGAUUGGGGUUUCCUUCUACCACAGGAGCAGAUUAAAGAUACGGCUAGUGAAACCUGGAUUGGUAUUACAGCUAUGGCCUGGGCUAUAGCGGAGGAAUACGGGGUCAAAGUUUAAAUUUUUUAAAUCAAAAUAUUUAUUAUUUUAUCUAUAUAUUUCAAAGAUUAAACUAAAUUAACAAUUUGUUAUGAAAAAGUGUAAAAAUUGAUGUAAUGAAAUAAUAGACCUUUAAGAUUUUCAGUUCCUCCUCAUUUUUAUUUAUUCCAACGAUUACUCAAUAAGUGUAGCUGAUCAUACAAUGCAAUAAAACUGUCAACUAUUCUUGUCUGACUAUGGUUGUGCAUAGUUUAACAUUUUAAUUCAACAUCAUCUAUAGUUAGAAAAUAAUUUUUAUGGAAGUUAUAUUCGUAAUUAUAAAAAUAGACUUCUGUGAUAUUUGAUAUCAAUGCAAUAAACCCAUUUACACCUGAAAAUAAUAGAAAUAUUUCAAAAUAUAGUUUUCAAAAAGA